AGGCAUGGGCCACUAUGAGUGGCCAAAGUACCAGGUUUUUAUGGGCAGUAAAACUUUAGCCCAAACUGUCAAUGAACUCAAUUUUUUUUUGCCUCCAUAAAGAGGCAAAUACAAAGAAAAUGGGGUUUCAACACAGAGAAAAACAAAUUCCAAGAGAUGGGCUGGGGUCAGUAUACAUGCUCGCUAUUCUCCUCUACCUUCUGGUUCUUCAUCCUACCUCUGUACUAUGAUGUUGAUGCUCUGAAGAAGACCCUGUAUCCCAGCAAUAUUCCUCAUCUAUAAAAUAUUUAAUUGUGUUCCUCUAAACCCAAAACACACAAGAUGAUGUCCAGGGAAGUUAGAGGAACAUAUGCCAGCUGAAGAAUUAGGGGUAUGUUCCCUCCUGUCUACCUCCCCAAUUCACCCUGGCCCGCAUCCCAUUUGGAGUGACCAUGCCUAUGGAGACAGAGGAGGAUAUUCUUCCACUUCUAACCUCAAAAGGACACACGGGAGGCAUCUAGAUUGAGGUUACAGUUAUCCUUUGAGGAGCUGUAAGAAGAAUAUUUGGAAGUAGAUCAAAUCAAGAAUAAUCAAGUGUGAAAAGACUCUGGUUGUGAGUAGUAGCAAAUAGUACUGUUGCUACUGCUGCUACUGUUGCUAUACUGUGUUGAUAAAUACAAAGUAUAGUUAUAAAGGUGGGGGAUUGAAUCAUGUUCCAGAAUGAUAUGGCUGUUAAGGCUUUCCUGGUCAACCAGACAGUUGAGAUAAUCCUUAUUCAAGUGAGAAACGAAUUUGGCCCUCCUUCUCUGGAGGAGAGGGUUGGAAGGACGAUGGAUGGAUUUGGGGCCAUAUAGUAGGACUGAAUUCCUAGGCUGAGCUCCAACGACCUCUGAACGCCCCAGAGAUAUCUGUGUUCCAUCUGAUCUGGUCUGCAGCAAGUCCACAGAAGCUACACUCACUUUUUCCUGCUGAAUUGUCAAAAUAAUUGCCCUUCAGCCCAUGCCUCGCUACCCUGUAGACAGAAUCCACUCAUUUCCCUGUCACGUGGGCUACAAUUGCUACUUCAAAUGAAAACCUGGGAAGCCAGUUCCCUGCUGCAGUUGAAAGCGUAUAAUUAGCUCCUCGUGCAACCGACCCCACUGAUUUUUCUGAUGCAUGUGGCCUAGAGUGUGCCCUUUCUGAGACCUCCAAUGUCUUCUCCACAGCUGGGGAUGCCCAAAACUGCAUGCAGCACUUCCUGCGGGUGUGGCCUUGCAUUCUUAGGGCUGUAGGGUACCCGCCGCAUGCCAAAUGGAUCACAGGCUCCAGCCACUCACAGAUUCACAAUGCUUUUAAAAAUACAGCAGUGGAGUAUGAGUGGCUAUAUCAGAUAUGAGGGUUUUCCACCCCCUCCUUUUUCUUUUAAAAUAUGAUUUUGUAAUGGUGGCCUCAAGAAACACUAUAAUUGGUCAGCCUGGGGUGCGUUUGAAGGCCUUCCCUAUGGCGUCAUUAGCUAUUCUCAGGAAAGGCAGGGUAUCCCCCUGGGAGAAUGACAACACACUUGUUUCAAGUUAGGGAAGAGCCUGUGGUUCUCUUCCUGCGUUCAGGGGAAAGCGAACACACAAUGUUCGUUUCCUAAAUACGGGAUGUGCUGUGCUGGCAGGUCAUUUUCCACCAUGUCACGUCCUUCUGGAUGAAGGCAGCAGGGGUCAGGACAGGAAAUGGCAAAUUCUCAGAAUGAGACAAGGCUUUCCCAGGGCAGCCAUUGGUUCUCUGGGACUAUAAAGCACACUCAUCCAGAAACAGCCCCAGAUUGUCCUUUCCUGGAGGGAGACAGAAGUGAAUGGGAAUGGAGAGGCCGGCAGCCCUGGAGCCGCAUGGGCCGGACGCACUGAGGCGCUUCCAGGGGCUGCUGCUGGACCGCCGAGGCCGGCUGCACGGUCAGGUGCUGCGCCUGCGCGAGGUGGCCCGGCGCCUGGAGCGCCUGCGCAGGCGCUCCCUGGUGGCCAACGUGGCUGGCAGCUCGCUGAGCGCAACGGGCGCCCUUGCAGCCAUCGUGGGGCUCUCGCUCAGCCCCGUCACCCUGGGGGCCUCGCUGCUGGCGUCGGCCGUGGGGCUGGGGGUGGCCACAGCCGGAGGGGCUGUCACCAUCACGUCCGACCUCUCGCUGAUCUUCUGCAACUCCCGGGAGCUGCGGAGGGUGCAGGAGAUCGCGGCCACCUGCCAGGACCAGAUGCGGGAGAUCCUGAGCUGCCUGGAGUUCUUCUGCCGCUGGCAGGGCUGCGGGGACCGCCAGCUGCUGCAGUGCGGCCGGAACGCCUCCAUCGCCCUGUACAAUUCUGUCUACUUCAUCGUCUUCUUCGGUUCACGUGGCUUCCUCAUCCCCAGGCGGGCGGAGGGGGACACCAAGGUUAGCCAGGCCGUGCUGAAGGCCAAAAUUCAGAAACUGGCCGAGAGCCUGGAGUCCUGCACGGGGGCUCUGGACGAACUCAGCGAACAGCUGGAGUCUCGGGUCCAGCUCUGCACCAAGUCCAGCCGUGGCCACGACCUCAAGAUCUCUGCUGACCAGCGUGCAGGGCUGUUUUUCUGAGAACAUCCUUUCCCCCUAAUGACCGAGGCCAGCAAAUCAUCCCCAUGGGAUGCUCCAGAUUUUGUAGCUCCCUUAGGAAAACACCAAGCUGGGUUAGGAGCCGAAGGCAAACGAUGAGAAAAACUGGUUUUGAAGUGGGUGGGUCCCCAGAGCCCUUCUUUUCCCAUCACUGUGACAUCUGCCUGGGCUUGAGUGCUACGGACUUUUCAGUGGUGUGAUCCUAGUGGAAGAAUGUGACCCCAAAACUCUUUUUCCUUUAUCAAAACCUUUCUGUCUAAACACAGCUGGGCAGGCACUACUGUUUGAAAGUUACUUCAGGGUCCCUGACCCUGCCCUGGUGGCUUGACCUGAGACUGGAGAGAGUGCCGCCCUCUGGGUCGUCUCCAAGUCCUACUAGUCUUUGAAGUCCUCAAAAUGCCCGUGAGAGAAGGCAUUUGCCUCUCUUCCAGAAUGUCUGAUACAAAGAACUCCAGAAUCCAGAGCAAAUCAGCCCUUUAAACGUUGUAGGACGGUUCAGAACUCAAAGAGGGCCCUGGUGUUGACAUGUCCUCCUCUUCCCUUUCCCUUCAGCUUACCCACUCCCAGAUGCAGCCUAGGUAUGCAGUAGGCCUUUCCUGAGUGGCUCCCAAUCCAGUCCUCCAAGUACUCAGAGGGGAAGCCCGUUAAACCAUCAUCUAAGUCCUGCUCCCUCACAUGAAGAAGCUGAGGGCCCGAUAGAUGGAGCGACUGCCAACUUCAUUUCCCGACAUGAUUGUGUUCAGAAGAGAGUGAUGGGUUGAGUUAGACAAUCCUGGGCUUGAGACAGGCUUUGUCACUACUGUGUGAGUGUAGCCACCUAAUCUCUCUUUGACUGUGUAAAACAAAGAUGAUAAGACCUCAUCCAGUUGUGAGAUAUUAAAUGAGCCAAAGUGCCUAGCAUAGUACUGGCUCAUAUAGUGUAGUCCCUGGAAUGGCAGAUUAACACCACCCAGGAACUUGUUAGAAAGGCAAAUUCUUGGACACAACCCCCCUGACUUACGGAAUCAGAAACUCUCGAUGUGGAGCCCAGCAACCUGAGUUUAAACAAUUUCUCUCGGUGGUUCUGCGGCACACUAAGGUUUGAAAACCACUGCAACAAAUGCUAACUUCUAAUCCCCUUGAUGAGCUUUCACGAAGUUUCACAGCUUCUCUAGGGACUCCAUGGUCUUCAGAGUCGUUCACAGAUGACCAAGGACAGACUGUGUCCCAGAAGCCAACAUGAGAGAGAGAGAGAGAGAGAGAGAGAGAGCGUGCACCCGUACGUGCAUCCUGGGGCAGUGUCUCACCGUGUGAACUAAGGGAUGUAACACUAUAAGCCCAUUAGAGGGCAGUGUUUCCCACCUAUUGUAGAAACUGGUACAGAAAGGAACGUGAAGUUCCAGAAACUGACCGUUCUCUAUUAUUACCUUCUCUGAAAAGCGCCAGGCCAUGUAUUUUUUUAUUUAUUUUAAGUUUGUAAUUUAAUUAUUGUUUAUUGUUUGCAUUUAAUUUUAUUUAACCACCACAUUUAGAAAAUAAUAAGAGCAAGUUUCUAAAUGGGAGACUGCUGAGGCUCUUUGCAAGAGAUGAGAUUAAGUUUGAGUUUCUAAGGCAGGGCAUGGGCUGGAAAUAGCAUUGCUUUCCUUGAAUGUCUCUCUCCUUCAGGGAGACUUUUAUUCUCUAGUGUUUUAAGUGAUCCUUUUAAGUAAGUGCGGAGAGUCUUAAAGAGCAAGACCAGGAGCUGAGUUUAAGCUUGUAAUGGAGGUUUGCAUUGUGGGAUAUAUAACUGAGGAAGCAUAUUUAUCCUGAAGGUAUUUUACCAGAAGAUAACACUUGACCUGGAAAAGGAACCUAUUUAGUUCAGGAAAGAUAAAAAAUUUAGAGGUAUGUGAAGGAAGCACUUAGACCUUGCAAGCCUGGUGUCCUAUCAAGUUAGGUUUUAAUGGGUGACAGACAAAAUAGCCCGUCUUAUGGUGGUGAUGUGUUGCAUUCUGUAAGAAACUGUCAGCAAAAAUGUAUACAAUUCCUUCAGUUUCCAUUCUUAACAACUGUAAUGUUGAAAAAUAAGUUGAAAAGUCUUUGGGACCAUACAUGCAAAAACUGUGCCUCUGUUAUUUAAUUAUUUAAAAUUCUAUAAAUGUACCCAAUCUGCCCCCAUCCUUCCCAAUGAUGGCAGCAUGUCUGAGGAAGUAUAAUUUCAGUGCUGGGGUUGGGGAGAGGAGGUGAUGUUUCUGUAUUUUUAUUUUUCCUAUAAAUCGCAAUUGGUCUGUAUUGGUCUGGUUUAUUUUGAAAUUUAUCUUGGUUUAUUUUCAAGCUGGUGUCAUCUCCUAGACUGCCUCACACAGAUACUAGCCUUUUUUUUUUUUUUUUUUUUGAGACAGAGUCUCACUCUGUCACCUAGGCUGGAGUACAGUGGUUUGAUCUCAGCUCACUACAACCUCCGACUCCUGGGUUCCAGCGAUUCUCCUGCCUCAGCCUCCUGAGUGGCUGGGAUUACAGACGUGCAGUGGCACACCCGGCUAAUUUUUUGUAUUUUUAGUAGAGACAGCGUUUCGCUAUGUUGGCCAGGCUGGUCUUGAACUCCUGGCCUUAUGUGAUCCGCCCACCUUGGCCUUCCAAAGUGCUGGGAUUACAGGCAUGAGCCACCUCGCCUGGCCAGAUGCCAGCAUUUUAGAUCACCGGGAUGUACUUCACAUUGUUAGUUGUGUUAUGGCAUAAAGGUACAACCAUUCCCUAACUCCAUCUUUUAUUAAUGCUUAAGUUUAAGUUAUAUUCUUCCAAUGCCUGAGCUAUUCCCUAGAAAUAAACUGGGCACUUCUGGAAGCAGAAGCCCUAACAGCAGCAGCAAACUUUCCUGUCAUUAGAAUAUUGUGGGUGUAUCAAAAGUUCUACACUUUUGAAGUUAUGAUUUCAGUGACCCACUUUAUUUCUGAGGAAGAGUGUCUACUUUGGAACAAUGCUUUGCACAUAGUAGGAACUCAAGAAAUGCAUUUGAAUAAUUUAACUGUUUAGCUAUCUUAAUGAGAAUUUGUUGAUAACAAAAGAUCAUCCAUCCCCUUAUGUGUGAGUAAGAUUGGAGCCUCUAUCAAGAUUUAGUCAAGUUCAGUUAGAUUGAUUCUAUAAACAAGUAUUUAUUUAUUUCUUUUACGGGGAUGUGAAUAAGGUUUUUCCUCAAGGCCUUCAUUCUAUAAACAAACAGGUUGAAAUGGUAUGUUGUAAAAGAGAAGAAGGGAGAGGGAUAUUUAGAUGAUAAGUGUACUUCACAAAAAUGUCAAAGUUUGGAAAAUAAGUAUGUUUGUUCUAAAUGUCUAAGUGCUUCUCUGUUAGGUUCCUGGGUUUGCAAUCAUUUGAAUUGUUUUGUUUCACAAUAAAGGAGAUUCAUUGGGUUCUGCAUUUUAAGGAUUCAAUAAAACUGCUCCAUUAAAAAAGUAAUCCUUAGCAAACAUUUGGAUCCUAACUGCUUUGAUGCACUUGCCCUCCGGCACCUGUCAUUUCCAAUAUGGUAAGUGUCAAAGUCAAAAGUAUUUACUGGGAGAAAAAGGAGAGGAGUGGCUGUAGAAGUCUCCCUAAAUCAGAUAUGUCAAGCCAUCAGUCAACAUGGUAUAUUUCUCAUUCAAUAUUUUAGUGUGAGUUGAGACACUGAGAUAAAGACAUCGUGCAGAGAUAAAUGGAGAUACAGGUAAACGUAGCAACUCUUGAGUUCAUUUUUUUCCCACUGUAGCAAAAUUAAUGCUUUCUCUUUAUUGAAAUAAAUUGCUCAUUUCUCAAA